UUUGUCAUAGAGACUUUAGUCAAGCUCCUUUGGUACAAGACCAGGUCAGGUCAAAGUAGAGCAACGUAAUGCCAUACCUGAUCUAUGUUAACAACAGACGUGUCCCAGGGAAUACAGAAGUAUGUGGCUGCUCCUCACCAUUGUCCUGUCUUACAGUAUCGUCUGCCUGAAUGGGAAUUAUACCACAACAGGUCAUGAAUAUAGCCUUGACUGUGUAAGUGAUUACCUGUUCACCAUUAACUGUUCCCUGAGCAUCCUGCCAGAGGUUGCUCAUACAGACCAGUCCUCUUACUGGCUGCGCAUUGAGGACCUCACUUUUGGGACAGUAUUUGAUGGUGGGAAGCUGAGGAAAAACGAUGGCUAUUACUCCUGUUCAUUGGACACUUCACAUCCAGAUUCUGCUGUUGAUCCAGAUCCUGAUGAGGAGCCAGAUUUUUUUUUUGACACUUCAAGUUUUAAGAUCACUCUCUAUCACAACAGAAGCAAUGGACAUAUAACCGCCACCUUGCUGGAUAAGGAAUACAUGCCAGUAAAGCAUAUCAAACCCAAUCCACCAUUCAAUCUCACCAUCAACCGGAUGUCAAGUCAAUACCAUGUUACCUGGAUGAGUAGCUAUGAGAAGUAUUUAGAAUUUGGCAAUCUUCUGACUGACAACCUGAAGUACCAACUCUGGUUCUACAGAAGUGGCCACCAAGGCAACGUUGUCGAAGUUCGCCACUCAACUAACAUCUCAGUGAACAAUGAAAAUUUUGAGCCAGACACAGAGUACACUGUAAACGUGAGGUCCAUCCCCAACCAACAACAGUUUCAAGGCCAGUGGAGUGAAUGGGCAUCGGAGGCUCAUUGGAGGACUGAUCCCACACAAAAAGUCGGAGAACUUCCAACAAACACAUUUACUGCCAUCUUAUGUGUGCUGGUUCCAGUACUGCUAAUUCUGUGCUACAUUCCAAUUGUAAGGUUGAAUAAAUCCAUCUUCAUCCCAACUCCAGCACCAUACUUCCAGUCCCUUUAUGCUGACUGUGAGGGGGACUUCAGGAGCUGGGUUGUGACCCCAGGCUCUGGGGCAGACUUACUCAAGACAGAGGAAACCUUGCGAAUCGACACCCUGACUGAGACCAUACCGGUCCUGGAUGACCACUCCUCACUGGUGCCCCAUCACAUGAUCCAGGAGGGCCCCAGCGACAACCUGUCUAACCCAGUGUCUGAUGUGCUUUACCUGGGAAUUGCUUAUGCUGUAUCUCUGAGGUCACCACUCCCGGCACCCAGAGGCCCACUGAAGAGUGUGUCUCUGAGUGAGCCAGAGAGCACCAUCGAAGCAGACUCGGGGUGUUGGCUGCACAGCACCACAUCUCUGGAGCAGGAGUGUGCCUGGUACAGCAACGUGUACAGCUGCAGUGACUACUGCACCCUAUCAGACACUGGGAAUUGUCAGGAAGUUACCCCUAGAAUCUAUUGACGCACCGGUGCGUCAAUCUAAGCAACACAAUACAAAAUCCCAAUCAAAAUCCGUCAGUUUAAGCUAGAGAUAUGUUUUUGUAUGGGCUGCGUCUCAAUCCACCAGAUCCGCCCAUGUCUCCCUUCCACAUCUGCGGUGGAAAUUGGCAGAGCUACAGCGCUGUUAGACCAGGAGACAUCCCGAAAAUCGGUCGUCUCACGAAAACGUCUGUAGCAAGCGAACGGUUUGACCCCCACAAGUGACACAAGAUUCAUCUAAAGGUAACCCAUACAAAUGAAUGGAAAUAUGGAGGAAGUUUUGUGCCAACAAAAUUGAGGGGUUAAAUAUGUGUAAAAAAAACAAACAUAUAUUAUAUACACUGCUCAAAAAAAUAAAGGGAACACUUAAACAACACAAUGUAAC